AGUUGCAGAGAUAACAGCCACCACUUGAUUGCACUUAAUCCAAAACUCGAAGAUCAUCGCGCCUCUCUCCAUAUCCUAAAAUAGAAAAAAAAAAACUGUGAAAAAGGACAAAUUCGUUACAAGUCUAACAACUCUUCUCCUUUUCUUUCUCUGUAUUCACCUCCUUCGACGAUUAAAUAGAAGUUUUUUUUAGUGAUUUCUCUGCUUAAUUUGGAAGAAUUGUCGAGGAAUUUUGAUCGGCGUAGUAAAUUUUUGUUUUUGGUUGGAACGAGAAAGAAAGAGAUGUGGGGAUUUGGGGGAAGGUAUUACUGGGGAAGAAAAGAGCCAUGUGAGAAAGUGGAAGGAAUUGUGGUAGUGUUCGCAUGGAUGUCCAGCCAUGAAAGACACUUGAAGAGUUAUGUUCAGCUUUACUCCUCUCUGGGAUGGAAUUCUCUCGUUUGUCACUCUCAAUUUCUCAAUAUGUUCUUCCCCGAGAAAGCAACGCCGCCUGCCAUUGAUGUUUUAAAAGAACUUGUAGCGGAACUAAAAAUUAAGCCAUGCCCAGUAGUAUUUGCAUCUUUUUCUGGUGGUCCUAAAGCCUGUAUGGUCAAGGUUCUUCAGAUAAUUGAGGGAAUUUGUGAAACACAAUUGAAUCUGGAUGAUUACCGACUGGUUAAAGACUGCAUUUGCGGCUACAUCUAUGAUUCAAGUCCAGUGGAUUUUACCAGUGAUCUAGGAACCAAAUUCAUUCUUCACCCAACUGUGAUGAAAAUGUCUAAACCACCAAGAGUAGUAUCUUGGUUAGCACAUGGUAUUGCUUCUAGUCUUGAUGCCCUUUUCCUCAGUAGGUUUGAACAACAGCGUGCUGAUUAUUGGCAGACUCUGUAUUCCACCGUUAGCAUGAAGGCCCCAUAUCUUAUCUUAUGUUCAGAAAAUGAUGAUCUUGCUCCAUUCCAAAUCAUCAACAAUUUUGCUCAACGACUACAAGAACUUGGGGCCGAUGUAAAACUUGUAAAGUGGACUGGCUCACCUCAUGUGGGCCACUAUAGGAAUUACAAAAUCGACUACGAGGAUGCAGUGACAGAGCUCCUUUGUAAAUCAGCAGGAAUCUAUUCUCAAAGAAUAAGACGUCUUGAAGGAGAAAGAUUAGGUAAUGCAGAGAUAACACAUGAUGAGACAGUCGAACCAAUCCCUACACUAACAAAAGCAGUAGCAAGCUCAAAUAGCUUCAAGGGGAUUUCUCUGGCUGCAGGUGACAAUCUCUACUUGCCUAGCUCAAUGGAGUACUAUGAAGGCAGAGACGUCGGUUCCAUGCAAGACGAACAUAGACAAGAAGGCUUGAUCCACCUUCCUAACCCACCAACAAGCAUUAACACUCACGGGGUCCUUGGCCAAAUGUUAUUCGAUGUUUGUGUCCCCAAGAACGUCGAAGGUUGGGAUAUCCGUUCAUCGGAUUCCUUAAGUCGACGCAGGCAUAAUCCAUUUAACCCUAUCAAAUGCAUACGUCGCUCCAGAUUGUAAACUAUGUGCUACAGACGAGAAAAUCUUUAUAUAUGGAUCUGCAAAGGCUAGUAAAACUACCUUCAAAAUGCAGAAAAGAAAAAAAAAAAGUAAAGAAAAAGAGAACUCUGAAAUUUUAUAUUCUGAAACUACUUCCCCUAAUAAGAAUAUGUGAUGACUUGGAUGUCUUCCAUAAAGACUGAUGUAGAGUGACGGAAUGAGAUCUAGUUUUGCUGGCCGUGAUAAUAAGAGGAUUUUCUAUAUGUAUUUUAUUUAUUGUACUUUGUAUAUAUACAUACAUUAGUGGGAUUAUAUAA